AUUUGUUAUUGCAGUGCCUUGUUGUGUGGAAGGUGACCUGCGCCGGAAGGAAGGAUGGCGGGACUUGGUUUCUCGAACUCCGAGUUUGCGCAGAUGCUGAACGUUUCUGUGGAGGUUGUCCAUGAGGAGGUGCUUGACGACUUAAAGCCCGUGGAGACCUCGUCGAUGGAAGCCCCGGCAAACGUCCCAGUCCCAGAAGUUAAGCCAAUGUUGCCGCUGCCAGACAUGAAGAAGAUGGGGACAUGGCAAAAGCACACCAAGGGAUUUGGGAUGAAGAUGUUGGCCAAGAUGGGAUUCAAAGGGCGCUUGGGGAAAGACGAGCAGGGUGUGGCGGCGCCAGUCGCUGUGAAAGCGCGUCCGAACCAAAUGGGGCUCGGGUUUGGCGACUUCAAGGAAGCCGUGACCCUCAAGCAGAACAAGGAAAUCGAGCGCGAAUUGCAUGGCAAGGUGGAGGGUGACGACGUCGAAGCGGACGAUUCCAUGGGCCAACCACCAGACGAUGGAGCCUGGCGGAAGCGCAUUCCCGGCGCAUCCAUCCCAACAUCGUCAAGGAAGCGCAAACGGAAGACCAUCGACGACGUGCUCGAAGAAGAAAAGUCCGCGAUCGACCUCGUCGUCGACAUGCGCGGACCCGUCGCGCAAGUGUACACGGAUGGCAUGGGGUCGGUCUCCUCUUCUUCCACCACCAUGCCAACCACUACCCCGUUGCUGGGCCAGGAGAUUCUGCACAACGUUCGCCACAUCGUCAACCAAACCGAAGGCUCAAUUCGCGCGCUCCAUGCCAAGAUAUCGAUGGAUCGCGCCCGGAUACAAGCGUUGCGCGCCGCCCAUGCCGUGGAUGCAGGCACACUUCGCCAAAACCAAGUCGCCGCCAACAACGUGGCUUCGCUCGUGUCUGGCCUGCAAACACUCCAGUCGACCCUCCAAAACGAGUUUCAUGGCAAUAUAUGGGCCAUCCAAGCUAUCGUCAGCACCACCGUGACGCUGCGCACAUCGUUCCCCACGGAAUUCGAAGCCCACCGCGUGAUCGACGUCGUGCCGUCGCUCGGCCUUCCCUUGCUCCAGGCCAUGACGUCGUCUUGGCAUCCCCUGCGCGUCGACGCCAGCGCGAUGGACCUCCGGGGGGGAUUCCGCAUGCUCCAGGAAUGUCUUGUGACGUGCGUGGCCCCGCUGGAGGACACGAGCGAAAGGGGCGUCUUUGCCAUCAACGUCGACUCGACCACCCGCCACGACCAGAUAUACGACCAUUUGGUCCGGCAGGCGCUGUUGCCCAAGCUCGUGUCGGCGCUGCACCGGUGGGACGUACAGACGGCGCCGCCCUGCUUGGCCUUGAUCGAGUUCUUGCGUGGUUUUGUGCCGGCGGUCAUGGUGGAGUCUAUUCUGACAAACCACGUGCUCCCGCGGCUCCAACACGCCGUGCGACACUGCGACAGAGUGGCCGAUGUCGAGUGCAUCCACGACUGGCUGCUGCCGUGGCGCGAGCACUUCGACGCGACACUGUUUGCCGCCGACUUGUACCCCGUGAUCCGGGAAACGCUGGCUCGGACGCUGAUCAAAUGGCACCCGAACGACUCGUCCGUGUUUGCAGUGCUGCUGCCGUGGAGGGAGGUGUGGACGCCCGAGGACUUUGCCCUCUUCACGCACAAACACAUUGUCAAGAAGCUGGUACGCGUGCUCAACCGCGAGUUCCACAUCAACCCCAAAGCACAGGACCUCGAGCCUCUUGAGUGGGUCCUCGCGUGGCAUCGUGUGCUGCCGGACCGGCAGUUUGUUGCGCUGCUCGAAGCCGAAUUUUUCACCAAGUGGCUCAAAGUUCUGGCGGAAUGGGUGGCUCAGAACCCGUUGAACGUCGCGGCCGAGAUGCUGACGUGGUACAGCGGGUGGAAGGCCCUCUUUGACGAGUUUGACCUGCUCCAGGAAGAACGCAUUUGCAUGCAAUUCCACGGCGCGUUGCAGUUGAUGCAAUGUGUCCAGCAAGCAGCGACCUUGCCCGGGCUCAAGUUGCUUCCGCCCACGUACGAGGACGCGCUACUCCGCGGCAAGAAGCGCGCGGCGCCAGUGCACCCCAAGCACGACCUCCACGGCACCGUCAACAUGCGCGACGUGGUCGAAGAGUUUGCGAUGCAGCACAACAUUGAGUUUGCCCCAACAAAGCACAAGAGCGUAGACGGCCGGCAAGUGUACGCGUUUGGCAGGCAGCACAUUGUGAUCGACCACAGCCUCUUGUUUAUCGAAUCGACCAAAGGACAGUUCGACCCCAUCGACAUUGACGAGCUGGUCAAAAAAGCCUAGACCCCCCCUGACCCCCCCCCUCCCCUCGUACAAUUGUGUAGCCAAGUGGUUUUAAUAUAUCAUAUCACGAUGGACGCUACAUCACACGUCCACCUUGCACAUAUUGCAGGGCA